AUGAUUAUUCCUACUGGAACGGUUUAUGAACCUAGACCGGUAGGAAAGGCACUGCUCGCGGUUCAGGUGAACCGGUUUAGCUGUGGGGGAAUAGCUAUUGGGUUUUUUGUUUCACACGCCAUUGCCGAUGGUUCCGCCGUUGCCACGCUCUUUGAAACCUGGGCAUCCAUCAACCGCGGGUAUGAUGUGAAUGGGAAUGGAUUUGUUUCCGAUCAAUCUAUCAUUUUAUUCCCUCCUUUGGCGGAUACUUCUGCCAUUGAACGAUCAGUGAAGAUGGCGGCGGAGGCAAUCAGGAUGGAGCCGCCGCUGCCACCCAACUGUCUAGGGUGCAUGACCUACGGAGCCACCGUUCACUGGGAGGAGGAGGAGGAGGCGAAACGAGGCACCGUAAUCGCCCUUCAAUUGGUGCAGAGGAUACGCGAUUCUCUCCGAUCCGUGAACGACGCAGCGGCGAGGAAGAUGUACGGCGAAGGAGGGUUGUUGCGCGCGGCGUUUGCGAGAGGUCAUGAAAUGGUGCGCAACAAAGGCUGUUCAACAACGUUGUACACGAGCAGUCUGUGUAGACAACCGUAUUACGAAGUUGAUUUUGGGUGGGGGAAGCCAAGAUUGGUGGUGAAUUUGCUCAAGAAUUCAACGGUACUUUUCUUAGACACCAUUGGUGGAGCAGUAGAGGUGUGGAUGGGAUUGCCUAAGGAGGUUAUGCAUAAUUUAAUGCAAAACCGUCACUUUCUUACCUAUGUUUCUGCCUCUCCUAAGCCAAAGCUAUGA